AUGAAUUUUCCGGAUAGGUCGUGCUCGUGGAUUCGUGGUGUAUUGAGCUCGGCGAGAUCGUCCGUGUUGGUUAACGAGUCUCUACGUAUGAGUUCGACUGUAAAAAAGGCUUGCGUCAAGGAGACCCCAUCUCUCCGUUCUUGUUCAUUUGUGGUUAUAGAGGCGUUGUCGAGUAUGUUUUCUAAAGCCGCAGAGUUGGGGGUUUUUCGAGAUGUUAAAAUGUCGAAUAAAGGUUUGUCUUUAUCUCAUUUACUAUAUGCGGAUGACGCUAUGUUAAUAGGGGAAUGGUCGGAGGACAACAUUAAAGUGGUAGUUAGACUUUUACGGGUUUUUCAUCUAUGCUCGGGCUUAAAGAUAAAUUUGCACAAGUCUAGCCUAUUCGGUGUGGGGGUCGGGGUUGGGGUUGGGGUUGGGGUUGAUGAGUUGGAGAGUAUGGCAACUAGGUUGGGUUGCAAGUCUGGAUCCAUUCCGUUCUUGUAUUUAGGGAUCAAGGUAGGUUGGAGCAAAUAUGAACUGGAUUUCUAA